CUGCUGUUUCUAAAGGUAAACUUGAAAUAGUAAAAUAUCUUGUUGAACAUGCAUGGUGGUGAUGUAAAUGGCAAGGAUACUGACGGAAGUAUUUUGCUGCACGUUGCUGUUAAAGAGGGUACACUUGAGACACUAAAAUAUCUUGUUGAAAAGGGCGCUGAUGUGAAAAGCAGCUAUACCGAUGGGUGGACUGUGCUGCACUCUGCUGUCAUUGAAGGUGCUCUUGAAAUAGUAAAAUAUCUUGUUGAAAAGGGCGCUGAUGUAAAUGGCAACGAUACUGACGGGUGGACUGUGUUGCACUCUGCUGUUACAGAGGGUACGCUUGAGAUAGUAAAAUAUCUUGUUGAAAAUGGCGCUGAUGUAAAUGGCAAAAUAACAAGCGGGUGGACUGUGCUCCACUAUGCUGUUACUAAAGGUGCUCUUGUAAUAGUAAAAUAUCUUGUUGAAAAGGGGGCUGAAGUAAAUGGUAGCAAUACUGAAGGGUGGACUGUGCUCCACUCUACUGUUGCUAAAUCUAACGUUGAAAUAGUGAAAUAUCUUGUUGAAAAGGGCGCUGAUGUAAAUGGCAAUGAUACUUACGGGAGGACUGUGCUGCACCAUGCUGUUAAAAAGGGUAAGCUUGAGAUAGUAAAAUAUCUUGUUGAAAAGGGCGCUGAAGUCCACAAUUAUACUCUUGGCAUUGAUAUUUUGAAGAUAGCAAUUGUGAAAAAUUCGGUUAAUUUGGUCAGUCUUCUGUUAAAAAAGAACGUCAACUUAUGGAGAGGUGGGACAUUUCUCGUUGAUGGAAGAAAUUUGAGUCUUCUUGAAAUGAGUAUUCACCUUGGUCAUGACGAAAUUGCAACUAUUCUUAAAAGGUCCGUAAAACAUCGUGAGAAAAUUCGGGUGCUUGGUACAACGAAUUGCAACCAAUUAGAAAAGACUGAAAUUCCGAUACAGGCUUUUGUCGCCGACAGGCAAUUCAGAAUUGGUGAUGGUGGUUACUCGUGUGUUUUUGUUGGUCUCAUGAAGGAUGGAAGUGAAGUUGCUGUCAAGAGAAUGAUGUCGCAAAAGUGUGAUAAAGUAGCUGAAAACGAAAAGGAAAUUAUGAGUCUUCUAAAAACAGAAAAUUCUCCAUUUAUUGUGAGCUAUCGUCAUUUUCAUAACGACGGGAAUUUCAUACAUCUAAUUGUUGAUCUUUGUGAGGAAACCCUGACUGAACUUGUAGACUCUCACACUAUUGAGCAACUGCAAGAGCAAGGUCCAAGAAUGAUCAAAGAAAUUCUGUCAGGACUGGAAUUUCUUCAUGGUAAAGGAAUAUUACACAGAGAUCUCAAACCAUCAAACAUCCUUGUUGAUAUCGAAGGCAGUAUGAAAUUGGCAGAUUUUGGAAUAAGCCGAAUUCUAAAGGGCGACGAAACGGCAGUUGCAACAGAUGCUAAAGGCACUGAAGGAUGGAUACCGCCAGAAGUGAUUGAGGCAGGAGAGAAACAAGAAAAAGGUCCGUUCAAAAAGAAAUCUGAUGUUUAUGUUGCGGGUAUGAUUGCUUUCUACGUUUUAAGUAAAAGUGAACACCCUUUUGGUUCUUCGUUAGUUCGAAAGAUAAACAUUUUAAAAAAAAACCCUGUCAACUUGAAAAAACUUCGUGAUCGUAAAGCUCGAAAGUUCGUGUCCUGGCUGAUUAAUCACAAGAUUGAUAAAAGACCUUAUGCUGACGAAGCGCUGAGAGAUUCUUUCGUCAAUGAAGACUAACAGAAUUCAGACGCAGAUUAACAAAGGUUUUGAUUAAUUAUUGGAAUAUUUACGUGAAGCUACGUCAAGUGAAACAUUUUUAGACUUGAGCUUUUACAUAAUACGUUCUAUAUUUUAGCCCAAUUUAUACAAAACCGAGAUCAUUUACGAUCAAAUGUAAAACGUUCUUUCUUUCACAGCGUUUCCGCAGUGGACGAAUACUUGUGCGAAAGCUUUAGGUCACCUCUAAAUGAUUUCGAACCUUUUAGGGUUUUUACAAAUGAAAAAUGUAUAUUGCAGUCAGCUGCGCUUUUACACAUUUCGUAUUGACAGUCUAAGUUAAAAUUAAAUUCGUACUCAACUCGGGAAAGGAAAAAAAUCACGAUUAACGCAAAAUAACAAGUGUGACCUAAAACAUCUUCGCACAGCAUUGCAUGCGCUAAAUUUUUUUUCGUGACAACUCUUCGAGAAAGGCACAUUACGAGAUUUUUCAACUUUCAUUGAUAUACAAUUGGUUGUUUUUCCUCUGUACCGAGAUUGCUGCACUUUCAAACCUGCUUGUAGGCUUGUGCAAGCCUUAUAAUUUCCCAUUUCAUAGCAUUUUUGCGAUAAAAACUAAGGACGAAGAACAAUGUUUAUGGGCUUCUAUUUAAUAAUCGAGAUGAAUCAACUAAAGUUUGUGCGAACGGCAAAAAAAUACAGCAAAUCUCUACAUGCAAAUGUAACAAAAACUUUACAAAAUCUUGGACGAUGACGUAACAGAUAAUAUUAACGAAGAAUUCCUUUGUGUAACAAAUAAACUUGCUAUUAGCGAUGGAAUCAACAUAGUGGCGCCAAUAAACUCACACGUUAUAGUGAAGUCCAAGAUUCCAGUUUUAUUCAACCAAGUAUAGAAACAGAACUCGGCAAGGAAAACGAUGUUAUUUCAGGUGGUAUUAAUAACGAUUUCAUCAACGUAGUUAUAGCAUCACCGAUGGAUGAACUCACAUACCGUCAAAGCCUCAAACUCUCAAAAAAGGUCAUACAUCAAAAACCUCUUUAAAAAGUAAUAUAAUGGGCUGAGACAAUUACAACCCAUAACGGAUGAUGAAGAUAAAAUCUUACAGAAUUAGACCACGAUUACAAAAAGCUUUUCUGAGUGGAAAAUUCCUUGGAUGAAAACGAGCAAUGGUUCUGACGUUUGGCAUCGCCGCUGUUGGGAAGUUUUGCUCCAAAAAAUUGUGCUCGUGAUACCCACUUUGACUCUACUACCACGCUAGUAUGCAAACUCGGUAACACGUUUGUUGGUUCAGGAAUCAUGCAAAGUAAACAACCGAAAAAAAGGGUGAGAAGAGAGAGAAAGACAUUUUGAAGCCCGCAUGUUCAAAGAAGAGGUCCAGAAUCAAUCAUUACACCUUAUGGAUAUUCCAUGAAUUGGUCAGUUGCCACAACCUAUGCAUUCGCUGCCCGCAAACCUUCGCGCGUUGGAAUCAACCGCCCAUGUUUAUAGAGAGGCUCUAAACUGCAG